ACCUGUACCUGCUCCUUCCCCCUUCAAUUACACUUCAGUACCCGUGUACUUACCUCAUUAGUACCACUUCCCUCCCCAGUAUACAUAACAACAUCCUCGCCCGCCCUCUACCCUCCGUCCCCGUCUCCAUCCUCAUUGCCAUCGCCAUCUCAGUCCCCAUCACUACCACCCACCACACUCGUCCACCGCCAACGAGCACCAUGAAGGCCGCAUUCACCGUCGUCGCCAUUGGCGCCUCGCUCGUCGCCGCCCAGGACCUAUCCUCCCUGCCAGCAUGUGGUAUGACUUGCAUCACCAACAUGCUCGGUUUGGCCCCAUCUCUCGGCUGCAGCGGCACUGACGCCGCUUGCCUGUGCCGUUCCGCCGACUUUGGUUACGGUGUGAGGGACUGCGCCAACGAGGCAUGUGGCAGCGCCUCGGAUGCCCAGCAGGUCAUUGCCUACGGCACUCAAUACUGCUCAGGUGCGCUCGGUGGCUCCGACGGCAGCGCUGGCGCAGCUGGUGCAGUCGCCCUCACCGCCACGGGCCCUAACCCAGGUGCUGGCUACGGCGGCGACAACAUGACCAUGAGCAUGACUAUGACCACUGAGGCCAGUCCUAGCUCGACCGAAGGCGGCAUGGGAGGUGGCAUGGGAGGCGGUAUGGGAGGCGGUAUGGGCUCUGCCAUUACCACGUCUGCAUUGACUGCCCUCGUUUCCGGCACCGAUUCGAGCUUCAUUACCACCACUGGUUUCACCACCAUUUAUGAGUCCAGCGGAUCUGGCACCAGCAGCGGUGCUGAGGCUACUGGCACCAACAGCGCGGGUAUGACCACCGAUGCCUCCGGUAACGUCAUUGGAGGUGCAGGUGGUGCAGGUGGUUCAGGAACCAUGACCGAGACAGCUGCUUCUGGAAUGUCAACCGGUUCCGAGAUGGGAGGCAGCGCUACGUCGUCGGGAGGCAACGCCGCAUCCAGUGCUACGUCGGCGGCAGGCAGCGCAGCUUCCAGCGGCACUUCCUCCGGCAACAGCGCUCCUCUCGUCACUGCUGCCCCUAUGCUUGCUGCCGGUGUGCUCGCCAUGCUCGCUCUUUAAGUCUCAGAACCGCAGAGGGUCUUCAUACUUUGAUUACGACUUACGAAAUAUGCUCCAGUCGACGCGCAGCGCGAUGGUUGCAAGUUUUGGAACACACGCGAUGAUACCACUUCCGGCGAGCUUAGCGUUGAUUCCCCAUCAUACGUCGACAAUAGGACGAUGUUAAUGUGUAACAGCCCGAUAGCCAUGAGAUAGAUUGGGAUAUUGAUGUUUGAUAUAUUCAGUCGUGCUGGCCCAUUCCUUUCUGUCAGGUGGUCGCUGCGUGGAGGAGGUGGAAGCUGCGCUGUUUCGCUGUCGUCUACAGGUUGCCUUAAUCCGAACUAGGCUUACAUAACCUUACCCCAUUGAUCGGAUCGAUAGCAACGGUAGCAACGGCGUGGAGUCUGCCGACUUGUCAGUGCACAUCGCGAGUCAGCCAUCAACCACUCACCUACUCAUGGGUAGAUGGAGUCUUGCCCAUCUGCAUGAUGACACGGCAGAAAGUACAUAAAUGCAUGCACCAUGCAAUGAAGCAAGCUAUUUCAUGCUCGUCCUGGACAACUGACCUGCAGGACCUGACUUGGUACCUACAUAAGUUACCUUACAUGUACAUACCUACACCACCACACAAGACUGAUUACAAUAUGUACUACCAGCCUUUGAAACCCCCGUCUGGUCAGCUCGACAAAGAGGAAGAAUUGAGCAGAACAAUAUGAGGUACCUACCUCCUACAUAGGUGCCUAAGGUAGUCACCCGAAAUCUGUCUGAUCCGUUGUUCUAGCUAAGGUAUUAUUAUGUAUUGGUACAUUUAUUCAUUUCAGCGCAAAAGUACAACAACUCCAUGGUUAAUGUAUGGGGGGAACCUCCUCGAUUCCCCAAAAAAUCUUCCAGCCCGCCUUCUUCGCUGGCAGUGGUAUUUUUCCUGUAGCCAUCCUCUCACAAAUCAUUACAAUUCGACCCCCCUGCCUUGCCUUGCCUUGCCUAGCUAGGUAGCUCAUCAUAUAGUACUCCUCGGACCCUCAAACUCAUAGAUUGCUCCGCUCUUACUUAAGACCGUAGCCAGACCAGGCACAAUUUCGGCCUGGAAGGGCUCGAAAGGUAUUCGCUCACCAUCGAUAGCAAUGAGCCCGCCUUCGUUCACAUUUCCGCCUGCCGUUCCUCCCAGCCACCUUCUCACUCGAGGCCCCAAUUUUUGCGCGGGUACGGGCGCCGCUCGCGGGAUAAUGCGAUACGCCAGGACCUUGCUAUACGCCGCUUCGGGAAAGUUGAUCAUGCUUCCAUCUUCAACCUUGACGAGCAUCUUCAGGCACGUGGAGCGUUUGAUGUUCCCCGCGAUCGCCAUCAUGUCCAUGCGACCAUCAUUGGGAAGGGCACAGGCGAAGAAGGGGGCGUCGGGGGACAUAUAGCACAUGUUUCCUACAUAGAAAUUGCCAAGUUUGGGCAUAUCUAUCGUCUUGAAUGCAGAGUGGAGAGGAUCGGUUGCCACGCCGUAUUGAAGUGUGGGGAGCCCAGAGUCUUCAUUAUUGUCAUCGGCUACAUUGUCGUCUUCACGGAUUGAGGCAUUGAGGUUCUUGGAUCUUGCUGCUUCGUGCUCUUCCCUAGCAUGGCGAUAUUGUUCUUUGAUGACCCGCUUGUCAUCAGUAUCUGUCACGACACUGACUUCAGCUGGAUAUAUCGUCUGGCCUAGCAUCCUCACAAGUAUGCCCCAUGUGAAUCGGAACGAACCCAUCCACCGCAGGCUCUCCGUCCCCAGGUCAGUAUCAGCAAUCACGCCCACUGCCUGACUCAGAAAACUAUACAGUUUUCUGUCCCCCUGUGUGAUCGCAACCAAGUCCAGCGGGGUCCUGAUACCCUUCACAAUCUCCACCGCAGCCAGACUCGGACUGUCGGUUCCAUUGAGAUUCAGACUCAUUGCAUUGCCACUUCCACAGGGUAUUUGCACGACCGCCACCUUUUGUAGAGCUCGACGCGCGUCUUUCCGUUUUGCAAAGCCAUUGAAGACUUCGUGGGGCAGCCCGUCGCCUGAUGCGCAAGCAACGACGUCGUACGACGACAAAUCCAAUUUCUCUGCAACGUCCACAGCAUGGCCUCGGUAGCUCGUCCGUUCCACGUCCACGGAGCACUGAGCUGCAGCAAAGAUGGGCUCCACUUCCCUCGUCCACAGCUUUUGGGCGUUGCCGGUGCCACCAAACGGGUUCACUAAAACCUUGAUUCGUUUCCGUCUCUUCGUAUGUACUGGAUAUGCGCGGCCCAUCAGCUUCUGCACCCAGCGCUGCGCGUGAGCAUGUGAGCUCUUAUCCGUCACAGUGUAGUUGAUCACGCCCACCCGGCACGCCUUUCCCCUCCUGCCGACGGCGCGCGCAUAGUGGAUGGUGAGGUCAAAGUCGUCCAGGCUGGCCCAGAGCACGUUGUGUAAUGCGAUUGCCCGCGUGGUCUUGCCAAAAGGUGGCAAGAGCCCGCAGCAGUUGGAGAUAGUGCGGCUAUCACGAAAGCCCUCGUCGAGAACAAUAAGGCUGUCGGUGCCUAGCGUGAGCGUGGCAUUGCGGUCAACGGUCAGCACCACCGCGUCCGCCGCCGCCGACGACGAUGAUGACAAUGUCUCCGACGGGUCGUCAAACGGGUUCGGAGCAAGGUGCUUCUUGGUACGCAUAGCCAUGGCCACAAGGCGGAGCGAAUGGAAGCCUCACGUCCUGACGAGGGCGGUGGCUAUGGCGAGAAGUGCGAGAGGGAGACGUGAGGGAGGAGGAGGAGGAGGAGAGAGGGAGAAGAGGAGAGGGAGAAGAGGAGGAGAGUGAGAAGA